AUGGCGGAUGCGCUAAGCAGAAAAUUGGUGAAGAACCUCGCAAUGUUGGUCACGCAUCAACAAUCAUUGUGGACGGAGAUGUGGCGGUUCGAUCUUGAUAUUGUAGCCCCGGAUGUUCCGGCUAUGCUCGCAGCUCUCGUUGUGCAACCGACCUUAUUGGAGAGAAUUAAAGAUCGGCAAUCUCCGAACCCGAGUCUUCAAAAGGUCCGGCAAGAUGUCGAGAGCAGGCGCACGAGCAAUUUUAGUAUGAGCUUCGUCGGUGAUCUCUGGUAUAGGAAUUGUUGGUGUGUGCCGGACGACGAGGAAAUUCGAAAGCUUAUUUUACAAGAAGCUCAUCAGUCUCCUUAUAGUGUUCAUCUCGGUGGCACCAAGAUGUACAAGGAUCUUAAAAUGAACUGUUGGUGGCCGAGGAUGAAAAAGAAUGUUGGACACUACGUGGCGCAAUGCCUUAUAUGUCAACAAGUCAAGGCGGAACGCUGA